UACUACUUUUCAGCUGUCACCUCCCUCACCUCUGUCAUCUUCUCCAGAGGAUGGGGAUGAGGUGCUGCUCAGAAUACCAGCUUUUGCUCAGGAGCUCUAUCUGCUGCUCAAGAGGGACAGCCGCUUCCUGGCACCAGGCUUUGCAGUGGAAGAACGACUAAUGAGUGAGAGGGGGAGUCUCCCAAAUGCUGCUCAGUCCCAGACAGAGAGAUCAUGUUACUACAGCGGGUCUGUGCUACAUUACCCUGGCUCCAUUGCUUCCUUCAGCACUUGUGGUGGAGGUCUGAUGGGGUUUUUGAAGAUGAAUGAUGACUUCAUAUUUAUUGAACCACUAAAUCAUACUUUGGCUGUGACAGGUCAUGCACAUCGAGUAUACAGACGUAAAAGGUCCACACAUGAGAGACCCACUGAAAGGCCUAUUUCUCAUAGUCAGUACUGUGGUGUUCUUACUGAGAAAAGAAGAAGAUCCAAGGGUCAAAAAGGAACAGAAAGUGGACGAGGAAAAAGAUAUUCCUAUAAAUUACCUCAAGAAUAUAAUGUGGAAACUGUAGUUGUUGCAGAUCCAGCUAUGAUUUCAUACCAUGGAGCAGAUGCAGCUAGAAGAUUUAUUCUAACAAUUCUAAAUAUGGUGUUUAAUCUUUUUCAACACAAGAGCCUUGGAAUUCAAGUGAACCUUCGAGUGACGAAGCUUGUUUUGCUUCAUGAGACUCCAGCAGACAUGUAUAUUGGACAUCAUGGUGAAAAAAUGUUGGAGAGCUUCUGCAAAUGGCAACAUGAAGAAUUUGGUAAGAAAAAUGACAUCCAUUUAGAGAUGUCGACAAGCUGGGGUGAAGAUGUGUCACCAGUAGAUGCAGCCAUAUUAAUCACUAGGAAGGAUUUCUGUGUACAUAAAGAUGAACCAUGUGAUACUGUUGGUAUAGCAUAUUUGAAUGGGAUGUGCAGUGAAAAACGUAAAUGUAUUAUUGCGGAGGACAACGGCCUGAAUCUUGCAUUUACUAUUGCCCAUGAGAUGGGUCACAACAUGGGAAUAAAUCAUGACAAUGACCAACCAUCUUGUGCAGAUGGUCUCCAUAUCAUGUCUGGAGAAUGGAUCAAAGGGCAGAAUCUUGGCGAUGUUUCAUGGUCCCGGUGCAGCAGAGAAGAUCUAGAAAGAUUUCUCAGGUCAAAGGCCAGUAACUGUUUGCUACAGACAAAUCCCCAGAGCCUUAACUCUGUGAUUAUUCCUUCAAAACUGCCAGGGAUGACAUACACAGCAGAUGAACAGUGUCAGAUUCUCUUCGGACCAACAGCAUCUUUCUGCCAAGAAAUGCAGCAUGUUAUUUGCACUGGGUUAUGGUGUAAGGUGGAAGGAGAGAAGGAAUGUAAAACUAAGCUGGACCCACCAAUGGAUGGAACUGAUUGUGACACUAGGAAGUGGUGCAAGGCUGGAGAAUGUACCAGUAAGACAUCUUUCGCUGGGCGCAUGGAGGGAGAAUGGAGUACAUGGAGCACUUGUAGCAGAACUUGUAACACUGGAAUCAGCAGCCGACAGCGUAGAUGCUCUGGACUAGUUCAUGAAGGAGGGGCCUGCCACGGUUCCAGAAUACAGUAUAAAAUAUGUGAGAAUCCCUCUUGUCCUUCUGGAGUACCAGCAUUCAGGGACUGGCAAUGUCAGGUCUUCAGUGUGAGGCCAUCCUAUCAGAAACAUGUACACCAGUGGCAGGCUGUUAUAGAUGAAGAAAAACCUUGUGCAUUAUUUUGCUCUCCAAAUGGAAAAGAUCAGCCUAUACUAGUAAUGGAGAAAGUGAUGGAUGGAACUUCAUGUGGCCAUCAGGAACUGGAUAUAUGUGCAAAUGGCAGAUGUCAGAAGUUUGGAUGUGAUGGCAUAUUGGGAUCUUUGGCAUGGGAAGAUCACUGUGGUGUCUGCAAUGGAGAUGGGAAAUCAUGUAGAGUUGUUAAAGGAGAUUUUAAUCAUACUUGGGGAGCAGGUUAUGUGGAGGCUUUGGUGAUACCUGCAGGAGCAAGAAGAAUCAAAGUUGUGGAAGAAAAACCAGCUCACAGCUACUUAGCUCUCCGAGAUGCCAGCAAACAGUCUAUUAAUAGUGAUUGGAAGAUAGAACAUUCUGGAACAUUCAACAUUGCUGGCACCACUGUCCAUUAUGUUAGGAGAGGUCUAUGGGAGAAAAUAUCUGCCAAAGGUCCAACCACAUCACCUUUACAUUUAUUGGUCCUCCUUUUUCAAGAUCAGAAUUAUGGGCUACACUAUGAAUACACCAUUCCCUUGGAUCCCCUCCCUGAGAAUCAGAGCUCCAAAGUGUCUGAGCCACUUUUUAUGUGGACACACUCAGGUUGGGAGGACUGUGAUGCUGUAUGUGGAGGAGGAGAAAGAAAGACAAUGGUAUCCUGUACAAAGAUUAUGAAUAAGAAUAUCAGUUUUGUGGACAACAAAAAAUGCAAAUACUUAACAAAACCUGAGCCACAAGUCCGAAAGUGCAAUGAGCAGCCAUGCCAGACAAGAUGGAUGAUGACAGAAUGGACUCCUUGUUCAAGAACAUGCGGGAAGGGGACACAGAACAGACAAGUCGCCUGUACCCAGCAACUCAGAAAUGGGACCUUGAUCAGAGCCCGCGAGAGAGACUGUCUUGGCCCCAAACCCACUUCAGCACAGCGCUGUGAAGGCCAAGACUGCAUGACAGUGUGGGAGGCUGGAGUGUGGUCUGAGUGCUCUGUAAAGUGUGGCAAGGGAGUACGACAUCGGACUGUAAGGUGCACCAAUCCACGGAAGAAAUGUGUUUUGUCUACAAGACCUAGAGAAGCAGAAGAUUGUGAAGACUAUUCCAAAUGCUACAUCUGGAGAAUGGGAGACUGGUCUAAGUGUUCCAUUACCUGUGGCAAAGGAAUGCAGUCACGAGUCAUCCAGUGCAUGCACAAGAUCACAGGAAGACAUGGCAAUGAGUGUUUUUCCUCUGAAAAGCCUGCAGCAUAUAGACCCUGCCACCUGCAACCCUGCAAUGAAAAAAUUAAUGUGAACACAAUUACUUCUCCGAGGUUAGCUGCCUUAACAUUCAAGUGUCUGGGAGACCAGUGGCCUGUAUACUGCAGAGUGAUACGAGAGAAGAACCUUUGUCAGGACAUGAGGUGGUAUCAGCGUUGCUGUGAGACAUGCAGGGACUUUUAUGCACAGAAAAUGCAGCAAAAGAGUUGACCUCUGGCAGGCAGAAUGGCUAGCUCUCAGCUCCUCACAGUCAUGUUAUUUAUAAACACACACAAGCACGCUUCUUC